GCGCUAUACGUAUACAAUACCACAAACAAUACAAUGCCUUGUCUUUAAAUACUAUUUUUAAUUCGCGUGGUGAUUUAGUGUAAAUGAUAAUCUUCUAAGAACUUACUUUCAGAGAUAAUUCCUAUAAACUCUCUCGAUUCUCUCACCAUGCCUAAAUUGGAAGAAAAACCUAGAGUAUUAUUGGAAGAAUUCAGAGUAAAGAAUGCACCAGAUGACUAUGGAAUGGCAGAUGAAAAGUGGAAUUUCAAAAAGUUUGCUAAGAAGUUUCGUAUAGAAAUUGUACGAUUAGACAACUUUGAAAUGGAAUUUGAUUUGAUUGGCAUCCAACCUGCUUUUGCAAAUGCUUUUCGUAGAUUGAUGCUGAGUGAAGUUCCCAGUAUGGCUAUAGAAAAAGUUAUGAUUAAAAAUAAUACGUCUAUUAUUCAGGAUGAAGUUUUAGCACACAGGCUUGGAUUAAUUCCCCUGAAAGCUGAUCCAAAAUUUUUUGAAUAUCGUCCUGAAGAUGCCACAGAAGGAACAGAAUUUGAUACAUUAGAAUUCACGUUAAAAGUCAGAUGCUCCAAUAAUAAAUCACAGCCUAAAGAUUCAUACAGAUCAGAAGACUUGUAUGAGAAUCAUAGUGUAUACUCAUCGCAGAUCAAAUGGCAACCAAUGGGAAACCAAGCUUCAGUACACAAGGAAGCAGAUGUAGGGCCUGUUCAUGGAGAUAUUCUUAUUUCAAAGAUGAGGCCUGGACAUGAGUUAGAUCUCCAGUUGCUUGCAGUAAAGGGCAUCGGAAAAGAUCAUGCAAAAUUCUCACCAGUGGCCACCGCAUCUUAUCGCCUAUUACCAGAAAUCACCUUAACCCGUGAGGUUACUGGAAGUGAGGCAACUUUGCUCCAGUCUUGCUUUUCUCCUGGGGUAAUUGACAUUCAUUCCGACGGACGGGCUUACGUGAAGGAUGCUCGCUAUGACAUGUGUAGCAGAAAUGUUUACAGGUAUAAUGAGAUAAAAGAUGCAGUCACUUUGAGCCGGAUCAGGGAUCACUUUAUUUUUAAUGUGGAGUCUGUAGGAGCCAUGCCACCCAACAUCAUUUUUGUUGAAGCAGUCAAGAUAUUAAGAGAUAAAUGUAAAUCUUUGCUUGAAGAAUUAAAUAUUCUGUAAUGGCUAUUUAAUA